CAUUCCCUCGUUUAAUGAUUACCGGGCCGACAGAUGUUGGGAAGACUACAUUGUGUAGAAUCCUGUGUAAUUAUGCUGUUAGAGAAGGAAGAAGUCCACUUUACAUUGAUUUGGAUAUUGGACAGGGUAGUAUAUCAAUUCCUGGAUCUAUUGGAUGUUUAUAUAUUGAAAAACCAGCAGAUAUAAUUGAUGGAUUUGAUAGAAAACCUGCUUAUGUUUACAAUUUUGGACAUAUAACACCUUCAGCCAAUUUAAAACUUUAUGAUAUGUUGGUAAAAGAAUUGGCAGUUGCGGUUAAACAAAAAGCCAAAUCUUCAUUAAAUUGUAAUUGUUCUGGUUAUAUUGUGAAUACUUGUGGUUGGGUUAAAGGAGAUGGGUAUGCCUGUAUUGUAAAUGCAGCUGAGGCAUUCGAACCAGAUGUAGUUAUUGUAUUGGAUCAUGAGAGGCUUUAUAUUGAAUUGCAGCAGGAUUUGCCGAGUUAUUUGAAGAUUUUACACCUUCCAAAAUCCGGAGGCGUAGAAAGUCGUCCACAAGAAAUGCGAAUAGCUCAUAGAAGAAAAGCUAUACACCGAUACUUUUAUGGAACAAAAUCUUUACGUUUCUCUCCAUAUUCUUUUGAAUUUUCUUAUGACAAAAUUGGAGACGAACAAGAAUUAAGCCUUUAUAAAAUUGGUGCGGAACAAAUUCCAGAUUCUUGUUUACCUAUUGGAAUGGUUGUGGAAGAUCAUAGAACACAGGUUGUUUCUGUGCCGUUUACUUCAGAACUUUUAAAUCAUGUUAUUGCACUUAUGCCACCAGAUUCAAAGAUGGACCAAACUUUAAUUCAAAAACCGUGUGUUGGAUUUUUGGUAAUUACUGGAAUUGAUACAACAAAGAAGACAAUAACUCUACUUAGUCCACAACCAUAUCCUUUACCUUCAAAAAUUGGGCUGUUAACUCAAAUUACUUUUGUGGAUGAUAACAGUUUGUAA